UCCUCUUGGUCGGGCCUGGGGGCAGCUUUAGCCUUUAAAGGGGAGCCGGAGGCGCGCAGGCAGGCGGGGCGCAGCGGGCAGCUCCGGCCUCCGUUGCCGGGGAGGCGGGUCCUGGGCGGCCGGCCCUCCCUUCCGAUUUUGCAGCGGAGACGGGCUCAGGUGCCUGUGCGCUCCCCGAUUGAAAUGCCAGCAGCUGCCCCCCUAGAAAGAAAAGGCCGUUCGAAGGCAGAGGCCACAGCGCCUGUCCGAGAUGAGGAGAACGGACAUCGGGGGUGGGGGGCACUGCUCCAGGCGGAACCCCAGACCGUGUUGCGAGGAGGGGACGGGGCAGGGGCGUCUCCGAGGCGGGAGAGGACCUGACCCCGUGACCUGGUCUCCGGCGUGUUUGCCUUUUCAGUCCCUGGUCAUCCGCCAGGAGUCACCCCUGUUAACUCUGCACACAGCUCUUUGGGACGCAGGGGAGUCAGGAGGGGUUUGGGGGUCCGGGACUCCUGGGAGUGGAGCAGGCCCAGCGCCCCCCACCCCCGCACAUACACACCCACCAGUGCCUGGGCCAGCGCCCCAGGGCCCGCCCUCCGCUGCCUCAAACCCCACUUGGCAGACUGACUCCUCUGGCUGAUGCUGUUUUGCAAUUUGACUCGAGGACGGAGUCAUGGACGCCGGAGUCCCGGGUCAGGCCCUUCAGUCCUGCCUCCCAGUGCAGCUGGAGACCCCUGGGCUCGCUGUGAAGGCAGCUCCCCCACCAGGCUGCGGAGCUACCGUGACCUUCAGUGACCUGUGCCCUUGGGGGCCGUGAUCUGGGGAAUGUCAGAGGGUCCGGCCACCCGUGGUUCAGUGCUUGAGGGUCGAUCCAUGAACCAGGAGGUCAGGGUUCGAUUCCUGCCCUGCCAGGCGGGGGCACUCCAUCCCCAGGACCCUGGGCAGAGCCCGCCCCGCCCUGCCAUGUCCCACCUGCCAGCUUGGCCAACAGUCUCCUGACCCCAGAGACUUGCUGCAACGUUAUUCCCAAGGCCGGCGGGGCACGCAAUGCCCCUGAUGGUGGAGGAGGCCAUGAAAUUGCUGUGCUCCCUCUCGGAGGCGAGGAAGAUGAAGGCGGCCGUCAAGCACGCGGGGCGGGGCGCCCUGGUCACCGGUGCCGUGGCCUUCGUCGGGGGCCUGGUCGGGGGCCCGCCAGGACUGGCCGUUGGGGGCGCCGUCGGGGGGCUCCUAGGGGCCUGGAUGACCAGCGGGCAGUUCAAGCCGGUCCCUCAGAUCCUCAUGGAGCUGCCGCCCGCCGAGCAGGAGAAGCUGCUCAACCAGGUCACGGCCAUCGUCAGGCACCUGGAGUGGACGGACGCCGUGCAGCUCACCAUGCUGGUCAUGGGCAGCGAGGCCCUGCAGGAGCGGCUGCUGGCGCUGCUUGUCGGCUACGUCACCAAGGAGCUGCAGGCCGAGGUGCAGUACGGAGACUAGGCUCGGGCGGGGGCACCGAGCUCGGGGAGCGCCUGGGGGCCUGUGCUGGGGCCUGUUCUGGAAAAUGCUGAUGAAGCCGCCCUGGGCGCGGCCCGUGGGGAGCUGGUGCCUGGCAGAGGCGCCUGUGGCUGACGCGGGGACAGGUUGUGCGUCCACUCUCCUGACACGGAGGCAGAGGGCUCAGCCACUCAGCGUUGAAGGUGACUGCUGUCCGGGUGCCCCUGGCAGGAUGGGACCCCUUCGGGCCCAGGGUCUUGGGGCCUGGCCGCCGGCCCUGCUGGAAUCAUGUGGCCCCCGGAGAGCGCCCCCUGCCCCCCUCAUCCCUUCCCAGGGGCCUCAUGGGGGAAGAGGGGGGCACCAAGGGCACCGGCCCAGCAGCCCGGCCUGACUCCCCCUCCGGGUCCCGCUGGUGAGGCCGCUGCUGCAGGAAGAGGGGCUCCUGGUGAAGUGGGGGGUCGGGAGGACCUCGAAGAAGUGACCGCCCUCAGGUCCCCACUCACUGUCCUGCCUUCAGAGCCGCAGCUCCCCGUCUGCAGAGCCCACACGGUCUCUGAACAGCCUUCCCCUCCGAUUCCUGGAAAGAUCGCUGACCCAGGAGGCGCGCACACCCAACGCCAGGGACAAAGGAAGGCAGGGGGUGGGUGACUGUAAACAUGGAAGGAAGCUGGGCAUUUCCUGCCUGAGGCCACCUUUCCAGGCUGCUCCACCUCCCAGUGCCUCCAGGGGGCGCUGCUCCACUCCCAGAGCCUCCAGGGGGCGCUGCUCCGCCUCCCAGUGCUUCCAGGGGGCGCUGCUCCGCCUCCCAGUGCUUCCAGGGGGCGCUGCUCCACUCCCAGGGGGUGCUGCUCCCCCUCCUUGUGCCUCCAGGGGGCGCUGCUCCACAGCUCUGGGUGUGUGUGUUUUGAGGGGCGGGGGUGCCCUCCUGCCCAGGAUGGUCAGACCCCGCACCUCCAUGUGCACAGAAAACUGGGGAGUGGAUUGAACCCCAGGUGCCUCAGGAAGGACGGAGCCUUUGGUCUUGCAGACACUGCCCUCCAGCAGCCUGGGCCCAGGGUGGCCGCCUGCCUCCAUCCCUUCUGUGCUGCUCCAGGGCUGGGCAGGGUGGCCCAUCUGGAUGGUUCUCCUAUCAGACAAGGUGACGGGGUUACCCAUGUGGGGUGGCCCUCUGCCAGGCCCAGGGGCACAGGGGUCAGAGGUCCCAUACCAAUGGCCACUGAAGCCAUCCCCCCACCCCCCUCAGCCAGCCUGCCUUUCCUCUGGGAACCAGUGUCGGCAGGAGAGGGCCCCACCCUUGACCCCGGGGGCUGGAGGCCCCACGUGUACUGAGCCGUCGCCCAUAACAAGCCGGGUCCUGGGAGGCUGGCAGUGGCUUUGGCCCCAGAGCCCCCCUCGGCAAUGAAGGUACUUACCUGGCCCCCCUCAGGCGUGCUCAGCGCCUGGGCUUAUUUCCUUGUAAAAGACCUUCACUUAUUUAUUUUUGAAAAGGCCCCCCCAGGCUGGUACAAAUCAGGUACAAGCAUAAGAGGGCUUCCUCCUCCGCUGCCCCCUGCCCCGCCCCUCUUGUCAAUCAAUGUCGUGUGCAUCCACUCGGUUUAAACAUGGUCUUUGAAAAUGAUUCCUUUCCCUUUAUUUGUCAAUGCUGAUUGCCAAAGACUUGGAAAAACACAGACGAGUAUAUAUAAUAAAAAGUGCUACGGAUUCCAGCACUCAGACAACCA